CAAUCCAACAUCGAUCGAGAGAGCACCUUCUCCUUCGUCCUCCCAGAAACAGCGUUCCGGCGCCGCCGCCGCCGCCGCCCCGUGCGUCUCCCCAUUCCAUUCCCACCGAUCUCCCCCUCUAUCCCCAUCCCAUGGCUCUCGCGUUCGCAUCUCACGCGCGCCGCCUCCUCCUCUCCGGCGCUGGAGCUCCGGCGAGAUCGUUCCACGCACAGCCCUACCAAGCCAAGGUUGGCGUGGUGGAGUUCCUGAACGGUGUGGGGAAGGGGGUGGAGACGCACGCAGCGAAGCUGGAGGAGGCCGUGGGCGGCGACCUCCAGAGGCUCCUCGAGGCCCGCACGCUAAGGCUCAAGAAGCUCGGCAUCCCCUGCAAGCAUAGGAAGUUGAUCUUGAGUUUUGCUCACAAGUAUCGUCUUGGUCUCUGGAAGCCCCGGGCAGAACCAAGGAAAGUAGAAUGAAGUAGGCUUGUUCUUGAAAUGCUCAAAACAAUCUGCUGUUGUUGGCUCCAAGCAUGUUUGAGACAUUGAAUAGUUGCUUUGUACUUUGGAAGCUGCAAUCUUUGUUCUCUCUCCAUGCUCAUUUGUAACCAUUCGCUCCUUUUUGUAACAACAAACAUUACCAAUAACACGCACAGUCCCCGGUAGUGGUUUAUCACUUCAUUUGUUACUUAGGCCUUUUUACCAACAA